CACACAGAGAGAUCAAUGGCAAUGAAAACCAUGGAUGAUGGCCAAGUUAUGCUUUAUGCUAAUUCUAUUAAUGCCCGAGAGCAGCAAAUACCCUACCCAUGGUUGGUCUUUGGUGAUAAAAUUAAAGUAAAUACUGUUUAUAUACGUGAUUCAACAGGAGUAUCAGACUCAAUCCUCCUCCUUUUUGGCGGUUCUCUUUCUUGUGGAAUCGUGGAUGGUCAAUUAAAAAUGUUGGAAGGCUUCUUGGAAUUCUUCAUGCAACCUGAUUUAGCCAAGACUUAUUUGAAACUCAAGGAGGAGCUUGAUAAACUUAUUCAGAGAAAACUUCAGAAUCCAAGUUUGGAUGUACAUAAAGGUGGGCAGCAUUUAUUUCUAGCUGUCCAAGAGAUAGUUUCAGGGGAUCAAUGUGAUGGAAAAUUUGUCUUUGGUCGUGAAAGUAGAAAAUCUAAGCCAGACCGUGAAGAUCCAUUCAACAGAACUGGACAAAAUCCCAAAUCCUUACUUCAGACCCUACUGAUGCGGGCUGGCCAUAGUCCUCCAAAAUAUAAAACAAAACAGUUGGGGACUAAUCAGUUCAGAGCUCUCGUGGAAUUCAGACGAAUGCAGUUUAUUGGUAAAGUAUGUAAAUUCAAGCAACUGGCAGAAAAUGAUGCUGCAGUUGAAGCAUUAGGCUGGCUAACUGGUCUCUCUGGUACAAAUGAGAAACGAAGUGGUCCAUCAGUUCAUGAUGAUGAAGAAUUAUUACAAUUGCUUACUGACAAGCUUAAUAAAACACGGAAGCGGAAGCAGAAGGGGAAGGGGAAACGUAGGGCAUAAUCAUUUGUCUUUGAGUCUUUUAAGCUGUCAGCUUAGCCAUGUGUAUCACUAUUUGUUUUAAAUUCUGAAAAUUAAUUAUAAAGCCCUUCUCAGUGUAUAAUAGCGGAUGAUAAUGUAAAUGUUAGUUUAUUUUGUAUAUGAAAAAAGAGAGCAGAAUGUUCAAUUAUUGAUUUCUUUCUA